CUAUUCAUGGACGCACUGGGAAGAGAGUUGUUUACAAACAACAAAGUGUCAGAAACACACCGAAAGAGUGCCCGAAAAUCAGCAAAUAUUAGCAAAUAGUUGAUGUUUUCAACAGCAUGGAGGCUCACAACAGUGUUUAACGAGUAUAAAUUAUAUCCUCGAAGGAUAUUUCCAGCGUGUCUGUGGGGGCAGUGAGAUAAAGCUGAGCAGGUGCAGUGUCCAAGUUGCACAGAGGUGUUGGCUGUGGGCAGUCAGCAGGACACAUGGCAGAGGAAGGCAACAAGCUGACACUGAGGCGCCUGGAGGCACCAAUCCACAAGUUCAUUAAAGUGGCUCUACCCACGGACCUGGAGAGGCUGCAGAAACACCACAAUAACAUACUGAAGUAUCAGCAUAGCCAGCAAUGGGACCGCCUUCAUCAGGAGCAAAUCAAUGCCAGCAGAACCGUUCAGCAGUUGCGAGCUAACAUCAGAGAGAUGGAGAAGCUGUGUGCUCGGGUCCGUGCUGAAGACGCCGCCGCUCUGGAAGAGCUUGUCAAGCCAGUCAGAGACAGGGCGUCAGCCGCCGCACGGGACUUCUUGCUUUUGCACUCUAACCCCGUGUCUCAGCCACCAACACCUGCCGCUCAGCCAUCCAGCUGUGCGUCCAGCAGUGGCCACGCUUCUGACGAUGUGGACGAGGAGCCGGUGUCUGGCAGGCAAAUUCAACUCCAUCUUCCAGAAAUCCCUGCUGACCAGAGUGCAGCUGAGUCCUGGGACAACCUCGAAGAGGAUCUGAAGGAGCUGAGCGGUUUGGUGACGGAGUUCUCUUUGCUUGUCCAUUCUCAGCAGGGGAAGAUUGACAGCAUAGAGGACAACGUCAACACAGCCGCUGCCAACGUGGAGGAGGGGACCAAGAGCCUGGGGAAGGCGGUGGGCUACAAGUUGGCGGUGUUGCCGGUUGCUGGGGCGCUGCUGGGCGGUGUAUUAGGAGGUCCACUCGGCCUGCUGGCUGGCUUCAAAGCUGCUGGGGUGGCUGCCGCUCUGGGAGGGGGCGUCCUGGGGUUUGCGGGAGGCAACCUGGUCCAGAAACAACGCAAAGCCCGAGUGGAUCUACAGAUGAAACAACUGACAGCACCACCAGCUGAACCAGAGUCGAACAAGGACAAAUGACCCAACAGUUCUGGUUAGUUCUUUGACCUCAGGUGCCGGUUAAUCGCUGAGGCGUCACUGUUUACUGAACAAUGAGAAGUACCAACUAGACCUUCCGCGGUGCUCACAUUGCCUUGAAGAGACUCGAUAUAUAAGCUUUGAUCCAAGCACUGUUGUAAAACAAUUACAUAAUAACAGUCUUACUUCAGAGUCACAUACUUUCAUGUUUGGGUGUGACUGGUGUUUCUGUGAGAACAUUCAUCUAAUUUUAUACAUGCAAAUGUUUUUUUUUAUUCUGAAAGCCGCUAAGCAGUAAUUUACACUACAGCUUUUAGUGUGCGUUUGGGUCAGCCUGAUAUGGUUGUGAGCCCAUCUUGUUGCUUAAAGAAAUCUUUGGCACCAAAUGAAUUACGUCAGUUUAAGACACAACCGUUCUGUCAAACGCUAUCACUAAGAAGAACACUGUCGUGUUAGUCAGGCUUGCAUCUUUGUUCGGAUUUUUUUUUUUUUUUCGACAGGGUUUUUAAGUUAACCAGUAAUCAUGCCUCAAUGUUCCUAAUAUAAUAAUAUCCAUGUGAACCAGAAGGUUUAGAGAAAAUGUUUUUUUGUCUAACGUCACUGUGGUGUUACAUUUAUGUAAUAAUGUAAAUGAAAGUUGUCCUGCUUCAAUGUUUAUAUAAAUUAUACUGUAUAUAGAUAUGAGAGCAAAAUUGCACAAAAAAACCCGCCAAAGUGCCACUGUCCACCACUUCAGGGACUGAGAACCUGCCACGUAUUGAUUAUACUUCUGCUGGUUUUCUGCCAAAUAAAAUGUUUCUUUUCAACAGUAUCGUCAUUCAUUGGAUAAACAGAACAAGUAAAUGACACCAGUGAAGUUCAGAGAGACUGACAUACAAAGCACCAGACAACACAAUAUCCUGUAAAAUGGUUUUUAAUUUACUUUUUCAUUUUUUUACUCUUCUUCCCCUCUGAGAUGACUGGUUUAGAAAUGGUAUCACAUUCCCCCCCUGUUGCUCUCCUGUAUGUGGGCUGAUAUGUCACUAGGCAUCUGUUGGCUUCUAUGGAAGGGCAGGACGCACAGUACAAACUUAGCAAUGGGUCCCCCAUAUCCUUAAUCUGUCUUCCACUUUUGGAUUCAUUCACGCUCAGUGGAUCUCAGGGAUUUAGACUUGUACCAAAACCUCAAAGACAUAUAAAGAGACAAAACCAGUUUUAAGAGAACUCGUAUAAAGUGGCAGACUGUAAAUUUCCACCGUUUAUCACAUGGGUUUUCCCCCUCUUGUCUCUCAGCUUUUUAAAACACAGGGAAGGAUGCAGUCUUUUCUCCCCCAGCAUGAUGACACAUUUGACAACAGGUAACAGCAAAAACAACAGCCAUUUCAUAAAUGUCAUAAUCGUGUUCAAGUUCCCCAUUUAAAAUCAUUUUCCCCCUCCUAAUUGAUUCCCGGGAUAACCACUCAGAGGUUUUACAGCAAAUACUGUGCCUUUAAAAAGGCCCGCUUUGACUUUUUAAUGUUUUACUGUUUUAGUAGUGGAGGCAAUCGGCCUUUUAGACACUGAACACAAAGAAACAUUUUCAGAUUUCUUCAGAUUGGUCUUUUCUAAAAUUAACAUUUUUGAUUGCACAUGUAUUAAUGUCCUUCAAGACAAUACUUAAUAGAGGCACCUUUGGCAACAGUUACAGCCUCACGUCUACAUCAGUGGGCUUGUAACAGCUUUACACAUCUGGACAUCUUUCCCUUUCAAGCUACUUCGGUCAGUUACACUCUCGUACUUGGAGUGAAUAGCAAUUAUCAAGUCCUGACACAAAUACUGGAUUUGUCUAAGGUCUGGACACUGACUUCCAGGGCAUUCACCUGGCUGUUUUCAAGCCAUUCCUGUGUACAUUUGGCUUUAUGUUUGGGGUUGUCUUACUAUAAAAUAUAAAUCUAUAGUUGUACGUUUGCACCAGGAUUUCUCUUUAACCUGCUGCAUCAAUUUAACCUUCUACCAUCACGAGCCGUCCAGAGCCCACUGCAAAGAAGCCUCCACACAGCAUGAUACUGCCACCACCAGGCUUCGUGAUGGGGAUGGUGUGUUUUUUGUGUUAGACCUAUACUAAACACAGAAUUUAGUACAACGGCCAAAGGCUUGUUCACGUUGUCAUUAUAGUAUUUUCUGUUGAUUGCUGGCAAAAAAAAAAAAA